AUGGGUUCCAUCAGCGAGACCUCCGAGGCUUUCCCCAGCAUCCCCCCGGACGAUGCCAGGGAUAUCAUGUGGGAUCUGAAGCUGCGCCUGAGUGCGGACAAGACUCCGGACAAGGUCGACUUGGGCGCCGGCGUCUACCGAGACGAAGAGAGCAAGUACUACGAAUUGCCCGUCGUGCGCAAGGUAAAUGGAAAGAGAACGGAUGAAGCCAACGCCCGACAUGCUGACCGACGCUUCACUCCACCCCAGGCAAAGAAGAUCCUUGCUGCUCAGCCGGUCGAUCACGGGUACGGCUUCAACACCGGCGACCCCGCCUUCCUCCACAAAGCAGCCCAAGUCAUCUUCGGCAAAGACAACCCCAUCCUGCAAACCGGCAGGGUCUCCAGCAUCCAAACCAUCGGCGGCACCGGCGCCUGCCACCUCGGCGCCGUCUUCACCUCGCACUUCUUCCGCCCCGCCGCGCCUUCUUCCCCCUCCUCCCCCCCCACGCCCCUCCACGCCUACAUCGGCGACCCCGCCUGGCCCAACUACGGCCCGCUCCUCACCCACGCCGGCCUCACCCCCGUCUUCUACCCCUACCACGACCCGUCCACGCACCGCAUCGCCUUCGACGCGCUGCUCUCGGCCAUCGCCGCCGCGCCGCCCCGCUCCGUCUUCGUCCUGCAGGCCGUGUGCCACAACCCGACGGGGCUGGACCUCUCGCGCGAGCAGUGGCGCGCCGCCGCCCAAGCGCUGCGCGCCCGGGGGCACCUCCCCUUCUUCGACAUCGCCUACCAAGGGUUCGGCGCCGGCCUCGACGACGACGCGUGGCCCGUGCGCGAGUUCGUCGCCGCCGGGCUCGAGGUCGUCGUCGCGCAGAGCUUUUCCAAGAACUUGGGCCUGUACGGCGAGCGCGUCGGCGUCGUGCACGUCGUCGUUGGCGAUGAGCAGACGGCGGUGAGGGUGGGCGAGCGGUUGAGGGGUUUCGCGCGCUGGACGUGGGCGAGCCCGCCGAGGGGGUAUGCGAAGGUCGGGGAUGUGGUGUUGGGCGAGUUUUGGGACGAGUGGCUCGAGAACUUGAGGGAAAUGAGGGAGCGGCUGCAGAAGAAUAGGAAGAAUCUGCAUUGGUGGCUCACGGAGCAGUUGAAGACGCCGGGAAGCUGGGAUCACAUUCUGGAGGAAGCCGGACUUUUCUCCCUGCUCGGCCUUGAUGAGUCACAGGUGCUACGGAUCGCGGAGGAGGAUCACAUCCACUUCCCCAUUACGGGACGCAUCAACGUCGCUGGCUUGACCGAGACCAACGUGGAGAGAUUGGCGAGGGCCGUCGAUAAAGUCGUUCGAUAA